AUGCUGCGACGCACUCACUACUGCCAUCACUCGUACGCUGCUCGGAUGCUAAGCGGUACUUGGUGCACCCCCGAAUUGGUCAAAGCCGUGGAAAAGGGUUACACCCUGCUCAAAAUACAUGAAGUAUGGCAUUUUCCCAAAGCCCAACGUCGGACGGGUCUCUUUACGGAUGAGGUCAACACGUGGUUGAAACUCAAGCAAGAAUCGGCUGGGUGGCCUAGUUGGUGCCAGACCGUGGAACAAAAACGAGAGCAUGUUCUUCGCUACCAGGAGAGGGAGGCGAUCCGGCUAGACAUCAGCCAAAUUGCCAAAAAUCCCGGACGCAAGGCCACAGCCAAGUUAAUGCUCAUCAGGUACCUGUUCCAUUUUUUAUUUUUUUCAUGUUGUCAUCCCACCCCUUCUCAUGGUUUCUUUUUUUGCAGUUUCUGGGGUAAAUUUGGUGAGCGGAUCAACAAACCCACCACUGUCACCGUCAAAGACCCCUCUCAUCUGUUCAGAUUAGUAUCCGAUGCCGCCCUCGACAUCAGCACUCUCCGACUGUGCACCGACGUCAUCUUGGAGGCUGUCUACGUGUCCAUGACAAUGCGAUUAAAGGCGCCAAGGCCAAUAUCUUUGUGGCGGCCUUCACCACCUGUCACGCCCGGUUGA